AUCAAGUCAUCAAAAAAUUUACAAAAAGUUUACAUUUAAAACAAAAUGUUUAUUGUGGAUAAUAAGUAGAUAAAAUUUUUGAAAAAAAUCAAAAUGGUUGUCGAUUCGUAUUUUCGCGCGUAUGACACUUUUUGAACGCGAUCCAUGUCACGUGACACCACCGCUGCCUACCAGAGCGAGAUAGCAUAAGCUACAACGCGCGCAUCGGACAAAGACCAGUAUAUUCCGUCAACUCAUACAUUCAAGAGUAUUGAUGGAAAGCUGCUCCGCCAUUUUCAAGUUGCCAAUGAAGAUUAUUAGAAAUUCGAUGCUGAUUGAUUGACUAGUGCUAUAUUAGUUUAAUGGUGUUAUACCAUUAAUGGAUCCGUAGUUAAGCGGCACUGAGCAGCAAAACACCGCACCUCCGGCAUCCAAUUCCUCGACCAGACCACAUGGAGACCUACCCCAGCCAACCAACGUAUCUGAUCGGCAAUCUCACUACCAAGUGCAGGGUACUUGGUACCUACCAGCGCGCCCACCACGCUAGUUGGAACACCAAUAUGCUCUUAAAAAUCGAGAACGAACUAUUGCAAAGCCAUAGACAAAGAGAGACGACCGGCAUAAAGAAGUUAUACAACUCGUUCUUCGUUCUAUUUUAA